CACGAUCGUAAAGUCGUCGUUCACAACAUCGGAAGUUCUCCCGGAACCUUACCGGUCGUGGUCAGAUUUGGAAAUAGGGUUUAACAGAUUCAUCUCUUCUCAUCCGUGAUGUUGAAGCGUGCUGACAAAGGGAAGUCGUCGCAUGGAUCUCGAAUCAAUCAAUUCGGAGUUUUAUUCUUCGUUGUUGGGAUCUCACUGGUGGCAGUUCUGUUAUUUUGUUUCAGUGGAAAGAAUCAGAGGUCAGAACUGGAAUUGGAGCUACCGAGACAUAUUUCAAACAAUGUCAAUCCCGAAUUGCAAUCUCAUCCAACCGUAGAGAUUCAGAACGGGACUCAGUUGAUAUGGAAGAUACCAAAUUCGCCAAAGGCAGUUCUGUUUAUUGCUCAUGGAUGCCACAGGAAAGCUUUCGACUUUUGGGAGAAAUCUUCAGAUUGCCCUGAAUGUACUGGUCUACCAGAGGAGAGGUUUCUUAUCCGAUUUGCUUUAGCUAGGAAGUUUGCUGUUUUAACUGUAUCUAGUGCUGGGAAUUGCUGGACAUUCGGUAAGGAGAAAACCAUUGUUGAAAACAUCAUAAAAUCGUGGGUCAAGAACCACAAGCUUGAAAGGCUUCCUCUUGUUGCUUUAGGGGCUUCAUCUGGUGGCUACUUUGUCUCUGCUCUUGCGACAGAGUUGCAGUUUAGUAGCAUCGUGCUUAUGAUUGCUGAAGGAGUCUUUGAUCAAAUUAGUCUCAGUAAACAGUAUCCGCCGACUCUUUUUGUGCACAUGCCUAAAGAUGUCUACAGACAACAAAAGAUUAGAGAGUUUUUGGAAGGUCUCAGAAUGGAAGGCAUUGAUGCUGCUGAGAUUGAAUGCUUGGAUAUGCCGCUUUCUCCUGAUUUCCUGGCAGAUAGGAUUCCAGGUCUUGAUUCAGAUGUCUCGGCCAAACUGUUUAAGUUAUUUCAAGACAUGGGAUUUGUUGAUGCGAAGGGAUACAUGAAACGUGAUGGCCGGAGAACACCCUGGAAACAAGCUCUCAGUGGCUACAAAAUAUCACUCGAACAAAGAUUGGUUACUCCUGUUGAGGAAGAACUGAAUCUUGCAUAUGCAUAUCAUGAAAUGACGAGCUUGCAGUCUGACCAAAUCUUUAACUGGUUUGAUUCGCAUAUGAGCUAAUUUGCUGUCAGAUUUCCAUAUAUCAAGAUCAUCCUUUGAAAGUUGUAGGAAGCAUUGCAUAGGACAAUAUAUCUGAUUCCAAAGGAACAUGCUUAAAAGGUCCACUACGAUUUGAGUCUGGAAUGAUCAUGUUCACUCUAGUGACUGUGAUUAGAGUUAAGAAGUCAAUUUUUGUUAGCGUAACUAAACAAAACUCUCUGCUUUGAUUAAGCAGAGUUGCGUGAAGCCAGCUGCUUUUUGAUUCUUGUUUCUAGUUAACGAUGACCACUUAGUCUGUUGUGGUUGCUGAAUCUGUAAGAACUCUAAUGUUGGAGGCAUAUUCCUUAUAUGCUGCUCUCCAUAUUGAGAGAUUUUGUGCGAUAA